AUGGGGAAUGCGCGAUCCAACGCGAGGAGCUUGGCGAGCGUGCACUACCUGAGCGUCUCGGGCGACGAGAGCAACUCGACGAUGUACGAGGAGCCUCUGCUGGACAAGACCCGCGUGUAUGACGACGUUGCGCGCGGCAAGGAGCGGCAAUUGCAGCAGAAGCCUCGCGACGACGCGGUGGACCUCGGGACGGUCAUCCACCAACUCAACAGCUUCUUCGCAGUCGUUUGGCCAGUCUCCACCGCCAUCAUCUGCUCCAGGACUUACAUGUACUACCAAGACAUCGACUCGUCCGAAUUGUCCACAGCCGCAAAGACCGAGGAGGCGCUGCUAAAUGCUCUUUUGGUCAUCGUCUUCAUCGCCUUCCUCACGUUCGGCAUCGUGCUGCUCUACAAGUGCAACGGCAUGCACCUCUUCGCGGGGUACUGCGUCAUCUACUCGGCCGCGCUGCUCGGGCUCAUGGGCUCCAAGCUGGUCAUCAUCGUGCUGUGCGACAACCUCCACUGGGUCGUGGACCGCGUCUCGCUCACCGUCGUCAUGUACAACUUCGCCAUGGUGGGCGUGCUCAGCAUUUUUUACCAGAAGGGCAUCCCAGGGGCGCUCGAGCGUGGCUACCUGGUCGCCACCAGCGUCAUCGUCGCUUGGCAGCUCGCUCAGUUGCCCGAGUGGAGCAUCUGGAUGCUGCUGCUUCUGCUCGGCUUCUGGGACCUCUUCGCCGUCUUGACGCCGGUGGGGCCUCUCCGCUGCCUGGUGGACCUCGUUCAGGAGAAGGGCACGCCGAUCCCAGGGCUCCUGUUCGAAGCCGACGUGGAGCGCGCUCACAUGGACGAGAAGACCAGCGUCCAGACUGAGGCCGUAGACGUGCCGAGGCGGAGAGUUGCGAGUCGUGACACAGUGCCAGAGGAAAUCUUCAUCAAGCGCCUGCUGCUCGCUGGACAGGCUGACAGUACAGUGCAAGAGCGCGGUGCGGUCGAUGCGUCCCAAUUCCGACGCCAACUUCAAGCAUUCCUGUACGACCAGAACUCGCAGUGCCAGAACCGAAGCGAGGAACUCGCUCGCAGCUUCCAGCGCAACCAACUGCGUCUCUGGAGAAACCUCUACAGCUACUACGGCGUCGACUACGUGUCGAGGCUACAGCCGUACCCGGGCAUCCACGUCGACAAGUCCAUCAAGCUGGGUCUGGGCGACUUCAUCUUCUACAGUGUGCUGGUUGCACGCGCGUCUCUCCACGGUUUUGCAGUCUUCGCUGCCUGCUUCUUCAGCAUCCUCGUCGUAAGUGCACCCCGCGUUAUCUGUUUGGUUCGCUGUAUGACUAACUGGGCCUCUGCUUUGAUGCGAAUUUCCAGGGCCUAG